AUGAUCCCAUAAGAUCAAAAUGCUUAUACUAAGGAUACAUCAGACUUUAGCAUUUCCAGAACCUAUAAUAAAUAAAGCUAUUCAAUGAAGAGAAAUUCAAAUAUAGAUAUAAGAAACAGGUCAUUUCAUGGCUAGAAAGAGAGUAGCUUGAAUUAAAGAAAGGCGAGUUCAAUCUAUUAUGAUGAUAACACAGGUGAUUAUGGGAGAAGAGUUCCAUCAAAUAAAGGUAGUACGAUGAAUAUAAGAGAUCAAUCACAUUUCAGAAACUAAAGCCAAAACGAAAAUAAUCACAUGUCGAGUCAGUAUAACUAGCAAUAGUAACAGUUGUAGACAAUAAACAUGGAUAGCAAUCAGAGACAAUUCAUUUAGAAAAAUCUACUCUCAUUAAGGAAAAACAUCGGACACCCUACUUAGUAUGGUGGUAACUAAAAACGAUUUGAUAAUACUUCGAGUAACUUCUACGAGAAUAAAUCCUUUAUGAAAAAUUCUCUUAAGCAAGAUAGUAUGCUGAUUGAUAAUGAGAAUCAUGUGCAGAGUUAAUACGUCCAGGAAAGUUUAAUAAAUAAUCAGAAAAAUAAUAGAUCCAAGACUCAAGUCAAUAAUAAGAAUAGUUCAUAGCAAUUAUGUUCACUGAUGCUUGAUAAUGUGCUCAAAGUUCCCUAAUGUAACAGACCUGAUAGAAAUCUAAUUAAAUAGCUUCUAAUCUAGUAGAAGUAGGUCAAUAACAUCUUUAAUGAGAAAUUAAGCUUCAAAAAGGCCUAGAGAAAUUAAUAGUAAAAGUAGAAUUACCACUUUAAUGGAGGACAAUAACUAUAUGCUCAGCCCUAGAUUCAUCAAUCAGUAAUGGGAACCAUCCCUAUAUAGCAUAUACAGCAUAGAAGAGUAAGUGAAUAGUCACUGAUAAUGACUCAAAAUUCACAUCAAUUAAUAGAGCUUUCUUAAUCACUUGAAACUCAGGCUCACUAGAGAUUAUCUAUGAUUAAAAUGAAGCAGGAAUAAUUUGCGACUAGAGAGAUGUGGAAUGUCCCCAAUCUAUCUAGAAAUACUAAUGCUGAUACUUCAGCUAUUUAAGUAAAGCAUCAUUAUAACGUAAGCAGCAUACCAUCAUAAGAUUAUUCAAAAAGCUUAAUGAUCAAUGAGGAAGAAUUUCUUGAUAUUUAGAAAGCAAACAUUUAGGUGAAAGAAGCUAUGAUUAAAUUCAAGGGAGGGAAAUAUCACAUUCGACCACCUUUUAAUUAAGAUGAAAUGAGUGGAGCUCAAAAGUCAAAGACAUCAAGAGUCAGAAAUCAUUCGUAUAAUAUGAGUGUCCUCCAAACUGAGUAUGAUCAUGAUAAGGGGUAGUAGAUUAAUUAAGACAAUCAAAACAGUUUUUUAAAUAAUCAAACUGAUACAAGUUUACUGUAGGAAGAGACUUAGAAUUUGGAAUUAAAAACCAUUGAACUUGAAAAGAGCUAGAUAGAAGGACUAAAUUAACAGCAUAUGCAGAUAAAAAUAACUAAGCCCAGGACUGCAAACAAUAAUGUACGUAAAAGAAGAGACCUUAGCGAUCACAUUAAUAACUCAAGCAUUUACAAUAAUCCAUAUGUGAGUUCUAAUGUAUAUGAAAAUCUUGGUAUGCUGGACAAGACUUUAUCAAAAUACAAUAACAACAAUAUUAACAACAGUAAGAUAUCAGUUUUCAUGCAUCUAGCCCAGCCAUCAUAUAAUAUGCUUAGUACCGAGAGAUAACAGCAAGUAUCUACACAUGAUUUAGUUUCGCAUCAAAUUAUGAAUGCGUAGAAUCCCUCAACUUUAGUCUUAAAUAAUUAGGUUAUAGUCUAAAAUACUGAUCCUGAAAUACUAAGAGCCUACCAAAACCUUAAAGAAGAUUAGAUGGUUUUGUUGCAUUAAGAUAGCAUAUCUUAGAGUUUUGUAAAUGGUCCAUUAGCAUAAUUAUUCCCUUAACAGAGGUAAAUCCUCUCCAGGUCACGAAUGAUGCUGCUAUAGUAAAUGCACCCUCAAACUUUUUAAGCCAAUAAUGGUGUCAUUAAUGAUAAGGGUUAAAGCAAGAAUUAGCAUAUCGCCAUCAAGGAGGAUAAUAAUCUUAAAAAAGGUAAAAUUAGAAAAUUACACUACCAUUAAGUGCAGGUAAAGCAAUUGCGUGGUCAGUAAGAUCUGAGUUAAAGUAAUAAGACAUUUACCGCUAAAUUGAAUACCACUGAAGAUAGUCACAAUGAUUUGAAUUCUUCAAUUGACAACAAGAAAUUCAAAAAGAAUAUUUUGGAUUAGAAUGCUAAUGGGGCAGACUCAAUAGAAUAAGAAGAUCUCAAACCGAGUCAAUAUCAUUCUAAAAAGAAAAGAAGUAAGUCAUUUGCAAAGCCACCUAAUGCUGCAGGUGUAAGUCUCGUAAAUUUUAAUUUAAGAUCUUCUAAGGAUCUCACUUAAUAGCAAAAGCAUUAAUGA